ACGAUGGCAGUGAACUGGCUCGGACUCCUGUCCAUUGGAGUGUUCUACAUCAUUAUACUUGGUACAGGCAUUUGGGCAUCUAGGAAGUCCAAACAGGAGGAGAAGAAGUGUGCUGGGAGCCCCAGCGAAGUUGCAAUGGUUGGAGGACGGAACCUACACAUUUUGGUCAGCGUCUGUACUAUGACAGCCACUUGGGUUGGAGGGGCCUUCAUUCUUGGUACUGCUGAAGUGAUCUACGAUCCCACAAAAGGACUGGUGUGGGCUAUAGGACCUACUUCAUACUCUCUAAAUCUGGUUAUUGGUGGAUUAUUCUUUACCACACCAAUACGGAGGAAGAACUAUGUAACUCUCAUGGAUCCAUUUCAAGAGAAAUAUGGCAACACUGUAUCUGCUAUACUGUUCAUCCCUGUUAUAAUCUCAGAUAUCUUAUGGGUGACAUGUGUUCUUGGUGCACUAGGAGGAACACUAACCGUGGUCAUGGAUAUCCCCUCCCCAGUAGCUGUGACCAUCUCUGCUGCUGUUGCCAUCCUUUACACAGUAAUGGGAGGACUGUAUUCUGUGGCCUAUACUGAUGUCAUUCAACUGACCUUCAUGUUCCUUGGACUGUGGAUAUGUGUGCCGUUUAUCCUGACAAGUCCCUCUGCUACUAACAUCACUGCUGCUGCAGUGAAUAAACUGUACCAGGACCCAUGGAUUGGAAAAUUGGAGUUGGAGGAUGCAGGUUACUGGAUAGAUAACUUGCUGCUACUGUCCAUUGGAGGGGUUUGCUAUCAGACUUUUUACCAGCGAGUUCUGUCUGCAGCCACAGAUGCCCAGGCUAAGAUCACCUGUUACAUUGGAGCACUCUUAUGUCCUAUCCUUGGCAUCCCAUCAGUCAUUAUUGGAGCUGUAUCUGCAUCUACCAACUGGAACCAGACCACCUUUGGGUCACCCAGCCCUUAUGAACAGGGUAAAGCUGGUAUGAUUUUGCCAAUUGCCCUUCAGCAUCUCUGUCCAUUCUAUGUUUCUCUGAUCGGUAUGGGAGCACUUGCUGCAGCAGUAAUGUCAUCAGUCGACUCUGCUCUUCUGUCUGCUGCCUCCCAACUGGCCCGAAAUAUCUACAAGAACAUCAUCUACAAACAGGCAUCAGAGAAGAGUGUCCUUGUGGUGGUUAAAGUAUCAGUUCUCCUGUGUGGUGUGAUCGGGGCAUGUCUAGCUCUGACAACGUCCUCUGUUGUUUUUUUUUGGAUCCUCAGUUCAGAUGUCCUGUACUCAAUGAUGACUCCUCAGGUGAUAUGCAUCCUUUACUUAUCUCAGUGGGUUAACGUCUAUGGAGCCUGUUGUGGGUUUGUGUUUUCACUACUACUGAGAUGUUUGGUUGGGGAGCCCAUGGUGGGCCUUCCUGAUGUGCUGCCUCUGCCAUGGGACAGGAUCCAGGAGGAUGGACACAGAUAUCGCCUGUUUCCAUUCCGCACUGCCAUCGUCAUCCUCACAUUUGCUGUUAUUUUACUCAUAUCAAAAAUGUCUAUCUGGUUGAAGGGGAAGAAGUUACUGUCAAGUGAUGCAGAAAUGAAUGAAAUGCAUGACCUGGGACUGAACCAGAAAAAUGUGGAAGAAAAUGAAGCACUGAAUAAAGAUGAGGAGCCUUCUAACCCUUCAUAGGAGACAUUGUUUAAGUAAUAUUUGUGUAGAAUGUGGGCAGUGUUUUCAACCAGAAUGUAUUCAAGCACUGAAUGAGCUACUAUCUUCUCUGGGGCAUUGUGUUUUGUGCUAAAAUUAUUCAGUCCCUUUGUAUGAUCUGUUUUACACUUGUGACAUGUUUUUGAAAAUUAAACCAACAAAAUUAUACAUAGUUUGGUUUUGCAGCAAAUGUUAAAAACUAUUGUGUGGUUUUCCUUCUAUUUUCUAGAAACAAAGUAAUGAUAGACAGACAUUAUAUGACAUGGUGAUAAAAACAAUUAUACUAGCUAAUAUAGCUGCAGAAUCCCACUUUUUUCUGCUUCUGUGGUAUGAAUGUGUUUAAUACCAGGUUAGGCUGUGGGACACAUUGCCUUCUCCCUAAACCUAAUUUUUGGUGAGUGUGUUUGGUGAAAUUGAUC